UGACGAUGAAGAUGCUUUUUAUAGGAUCCACAUGGACAAUGCCUUGCACAAACAGCUUAUCGCUUCUGCUUGCUUGUGCUAUGAAAAUUUUUGAUUUUAUUUGAAUAUGCUAAGUAGAUACUGCAAAUCCUGACGAUUGGAGCUCAUCAGAAUACAAUUUUGGAGUAUCAGUUUUAAAACUAAAGAUGCAACUACGAGGUUUUGGAGAUUUGAUUAUGAUUAGAUCUGCAUUUGAGAUGAUGCACUUGUACGAACAUGCCGAGAUGAGAUUCUCAGCGAUGUGAUCGUCAUCUUCAAUCCUCGAACUGUUGAGAAAGAGAAUGUGUUUCUAUGUAUACCCUUCUGGGUAACAAGCAAGAGAUCUUCAGGCAUUCUUUCGUAUGUCGUGAUGCAUGGAUGAUGUUCUGCCUCAUCGUCUACUGCAACGAGACCGAGACACGUGUUCAAAUAUUACAAGGAAAGUGUGAAAAAUGAAGCGAGCAGCCGCUGAUUGAUAGUUCGAGCGUUUUGCUCGAUCUCCAUGUCUGCGAAAAAAUGAAAAUGAUAGAACUCUUCGACCGGAAUUCCAAGGGCUUGCGAUCGAUGCUGAAUAAAAUGCUCUUCAAUCAACCAACGAUCUUCACAGAGACUGAAGACCGAGAAAGAAGUGUGAUUCUGCGAAAUUCGCACACACAAGUGUGAUUCUGCGAAAAUCGCACACACGUUUCCAUUUCAUAUGGGUUGCGCUAAAAAUCUACAUUCUUUUGGAUAGGGACAAUCAUAAGGAUAAGGAGUACUUUUUUUUUCUUGCCUACUUUCUUGAUUGUUGAUCAUUGUCGUUGGUGUACACUAGUUGUUCUACAUCUAAAGUAGGUUUUCUCUUCUAGCUGAACCUAAAUAUUCGCAUAUUUAUCAAACCUCGUGCUCGUCCCUGAAGGUUUUUUUGGGUUUUGUACAUUUUGUCAUGCAUUACAAUACUACAUAGAAAUCGCUUUGGUCUUCGAUUUUCGCGUUCAGUUCCUUGUUUCCUUUUUCGUGUCAGUUAGAGAAUAUUACCGCUUCUUAAGUUCUUCUUUUUGGAGUUCUUUCCAACAAUGGAUUAUACGUCGAUUAGUUGCAAUUGCAUGUCCCGCUCCUCGUUUUGGAGCGGAUGAAAGGUUGGGGAUCCGUGAGAGUUUCUGUGUGAAGAUAAAUUCGCAUUCCCGGAUCGUUCGCAUCGUUGUACCAUCGUAUAGUCGUUCCAAUUGAUCCCAGUGUGAAGUGCAAUGAAUAAUACAAAUAGAAAUACAGUAAAUCAAAAUUUUACUGCAGCAAGAACUUCUAUCGGCUUCUAUGCUCUGAUAGAUUGUCUACUUACACGAUUCUCUUUUGAGGAAGCAAGUUUCGAAUGCAAAAUUUUGGAAGAGUUUGUGAAAUCGAGCAAGAAAUUUUCGACUCGUUCCCUAGUGGAUGAUAAUUGACGUGUAUGACUGAGAACGAUUUUUCUCUAUUUUGAAUCAACAAACCCUUCUACAGAGAACUUCUAAACAACAAAAAACAGGAGAGUUAUUUUUUCUUACGACAACGAACGACACAAAAGUUUUUUUCUUUAUUAGUCUAUCAGGCUAAUUAAAAAGUUGUAUUAUUUCGUCCUUUUCGGGGGAGCAUCUAAACAAGAUGGCGUUGCGAAGAAUCAACAAGGAGCUCCAGGAUCUUGGUGAGUUUUUUCUAAUUUCAACCUACAAUGCUCAUUUCUGAAUGUUGUUAAUCUUAAUCGUGGGCUCCUUGGUCUUGUUGUUAUACACUUAAGCAACUACUUCUUCUCGUUUAUUGAUUCCAAGAGUUUUUAGCUACUCGUUGAUGUGUUUCACAGUUUUUUGAUUCAAAUAUACAAGGGGCCACAUGAACAACGGACGCGACCACGACCACCAUUGGGGUAGUCAGUCUGUGACCACAAUUAGCUAGAUGAAGGCAUUAACAUCACCGUAAAAAAAAUUGUACAGGUAAGGACCCACCAGCGAGCUGCAGUGCGGGACCAUCAGGAGAUGAUAUGUUCAACUGGCAAGCGACAAUAAUGGUAUACUCUCUAGAUAAUAUUAAGAUGAUGGUACUUUAUUCCUACUGACAUCAUGUCUCUUCCAAAAAGAAAGUUUUUCUUCACGAUCCAAACAAAAUGCCUUUUUUCUUCUUCAUCAACGAAACAAUCAGUCAAUCGAUCCAUCCAUCCAAUCUGCACUAUAGGGACCACCGGACUCACCGUAUGCAGGAGGAGUGUUUUUCCUUAAUAUCAGCUUUCCAACGGACUAUCCUUUCAAGCCGCCAAAGGUCAACUUCGUGACCAAAAUCUACCAUUGCAACGUCCAUAGCAAUGGUAUCAGAAUUUAAAUUGUUUGAUUUAUUUCGUUGAUGCAUGUGGUUGUGGAUGAAAGAUAUAUUGGAGAUGACCUAGAACAAACGAGUUGUAGCAGUCUUUCAACGCACGAUCUUCUUUCGCUUUUGAUAUUUUUUGGCACUUUUACUAGCCUCUUGUACAACAAGACAAAAUCAACCAAGAACGGCUUGAUGUUUUGAUUACGUAGUAGUAGGACUUUCUUUUCAUUAUAUCUUGUUCAUCUAGAAAAUUUGCUUACUCACAGGUUCAAUAUGCCUCGACAUCUUGAAAGACCAGUGGAGCCCAGCAUUGACGAUUUCGAAGGUUCUCUUGAGUAUUUCGUCACUCCUAACGGAUCCGAACCCAAACGAUCCAUUCUUAUGGCCUGCAAGAGUGUGACUAAUUAGCCUCUUUUUUGACUACAAUAACUACGCAGCGUAUACUAAUUUUCGACUACAACUUCUACUAGAUGCAAAUGUAGACUAAGUAGCGUACUGUAGGAUAAGAAUAUGAAUGUUCGAAAGCGUAGUUUGUACCCUUGAGUCGAACUAGUAUUUUCUGAAGUAGGUACAUCACAUACACCGACCUGGUGAAUAUCUUCAACAUGGAAUGAUCUUGAUAAGAAGAUUUUAGCUUGUCUAAGAAUCGUGCCAGAAAUCGCGCAGCUAUUUUUGAAGGACCGGUCAAAACACGAUCAGCAUGCACGCGAGUGGACGCAACGGUAUGCUUCGAAGUAG